AUGGGAGCCGGAGCUGAGGUCAUGCAUCAGGUCGUGCCGCUGCUGGAGGCGCCGUUCCACCGGUGCGUCGUCAAGAGCGUCGAGGUCGUCGAGGAGGUGGUCGCGGUGGCGCCCGCGCCGGUGCAGCUGGCGGCGUCGCCGAAGGCGGUGGUGGAGGUCGCCGUCGAGGUGUCCGAUCUGGAGUUGAAGAGGUCUUCUAAUGCUGGGAGUAGUGUAUCUGCGGAACCACUGCAGUUUGUCCCAAGCAUUCGAUCUGGUAGCUUUGCUGAUAUUGGACCUAGGCGGUACAUGGAAGAUGAACAUAUUCGAAUUGAUGAUCUUUCUGGUCAUCUUGGCUCACUGUUGAUGUUCUCUGCACCUAGUGCCUUCUACGGGGUCUUUGACGGGCAUGGGGGUUCAGAUGCAGCUGCCUACAUGAAAAAGCAUGCAAUGAGGUUGUUCUUCGAGGAUGCUGAAUUCCCACAAGCAUCACAAGAUGAUGAAAUGUUUGCUGAAUCUGUUGAGGAUUCAGUCCGCAAGGCUUUCUUGCGGGCUGACCUUGCUCUGGCUGAUGAUUCACUCAUCAACCUUUCUUCUGGAACCACAGCACUGACAGCAUUAGUCCUUGGGAGGCAACUUUUGAUUGCAAAUGCUGGGGAUUGCCGUGCAGUCCUGUGUAGGAAAGGUGAAGCAGUGGAGAUGUCAAAGGAUCACAGGCCAACAUACGACGCGGAGCGUCAAAGGGUUAUCGAGUCUGGUGGAUACAUCGAAGAUGGCUACCUCAAUGGCGUACUCUCUGUGACCCGGGCUCUGGGUGACUGGGACAUGAAGCUGCCUCACGGCUCGCCGUCACCUCUCAUCGCCGAGCCAGAGAUCCGCUGGACCACCCUCACCGAGGACGACGAGUUCCUCAUCAUCGGGUGCGAUGGGAUAUGGGACGUGAUGACCAGCCAGCACGCGGUGAGCACGGUCCGCAGGGGGCUGCGGCGGCACGACGACCCCGAGCGGUGCGCCCGGGAGCUUGCCAUGGAGGCGAAGAGGCUCAAGACCUUCGACAACCUCACGGUGAUCGUGGUCUGCUUCGUUUCCGAGCUUAGUGGGGGCUCGGCGCCCCUAGAACCGGCAGCGUCAAACUCAAAUAGCAGGCUAAGGUGCUGCAAGAGCUUGUCUCCGGAGGCGCUCUCCAAGCUGAGGCGAUGGCUGGACUCCGACGAGUAGACAAGCUGUAGGGAGAAGCCGGCCUCUGUCCUGUGCUGUGGCUGUGUAAAUAUCGGUGCAGAUGUUCGUCCGUCUAGUACGGCUGUGCUUACGCAGCCAGCAAUUUUGUAGCGAGUUUCUGGCGGCUGCUUUCGCUGUUGCUGUUUCUUUUGUUUACCCCAUUUUGUUGGAUGUACAUACCAUUGUUUCACUGCUGUUGUUCGGCUCGCCAGAUGAUUUAGAUACCCCUGCUAAACUCCUGACACAUCGGACCACGUCGGAUAUUUAGAUACUCCUGACACAUUACCAAUUAAUACUA